AUGAAAGGAGAAUAUCGAGAAGAUAAAGGUUCUCGACCUUCUACUACCAUGUUCUCAAAAUUCCAGCAUCACCACCACCAAGCACAACAACAAACACCGCCGCCGCAGCAUUUUGCCAUCUCUAGCCACCAGUUUCAGCUCAGUAACACAUCAGAAGAAGCUGAUAGCCGCAGCCGUAGUCCCAACCAUGCGAUCACACCCACCCAAACCAAGAAAGAUGUCAGCACCACCGUCAACGACGGAGCAUCUAUCGAAGUGGCCAGACGACCCAGAGGCCGUCCACCCGGAUCUAAAAACAAACCCAAACCACCAAUCGUAAUUACUCGAGAACCUGAACCAUCUAUGUCUCCAUAUGUACUGGAACUCCCCGGAGGAAUCGAUAUCGUCGACGCCGUGGCUCGAUACUGCCGGAAACGGAAUAUGGGGCUUUGUGUCUUAACCGGCUCAGGGACUGUUGCUAACGUUUCCCUCCGACAACCCUCCACCACCCCUGGAGCCACCGUUACGUUCCACGGCCGGUUCGAUAUUCUUUCAAUCUCUGCCACUGUUCUCCCGUCCUUAACUCCAUCAACCGCCGUGGCACCCUUUGCAAACGGUUUCACCAUAUCAUUAGCAGGUCCGCAGGGGCAGAUAGUUGGAGGAGCAGUCUCCGGCCCACUCAUGUCCGCCGGAACAGUCUUCAUUAUUGCGGCGUCUUUCAACAACCCUCUCUACCAUCGGUUACCUUCAGAAGAAGAUGACAACCUUCGAAAUUCCGGCGGUGGGACUGGGUCAGCUGCAGCAAGUGAUCAGUCUCCACCAGCAGGUUCAGCUGGCGGAGAUAGCGGUGGGCAUCAUGGGCCGCCAUCAACGGCGGCAGAUUCUAUGUCGAUGUAUAGCUGCCACCUGCCUGCUGAUGUUAUCUGGGCACCUACAGCACGGCAAGCUCCGCAACACCCACCGCCAUAUUGA